AAAAUUUUCUUUUAUUUUUAUUUUUAAUUGUUUUAAUACUUUUUACAUUUUCGUAUAUAAUACAAUUUUAUUUUUAAUUAUUUUGAUAUUUUUAGAAUUCCAUUUUUCUUAUGCAUUUUUACAAUUUUUCUAUUUAAAAACUUAAAUUAAGCAAAUCCUAGAGCAUAGCUUGUACUCCGUAUUAUUUUAUCAAACAGGUGCACUAAAGAGGAAUCUUGAUGUGCGCUUCUUCAGAAUUUCUUCGGAGUAGAUUCCGGGUGAGUAUUAUGCUUUUACAUGAGCACUUGGUCUAUUUGUGAAAGAAAAAGUCAAUUAGUCUAUUUUUGAAUACAAAUCUAAAAAGUGUAAAUUAAAAGUAAUAUUACUUUCAUGUUUAAGGUUGCUUGUGAUAUUUUCCCUUAUUAAUUUUAUCUAGUUGUCUUCAUUGCUUUGGGGGGAGUUCUCCCCUUUUACCAUUUGAUUCUCUUCCUUCAUUAGAGCAUAUACCCCGUUCUCAUUCUAAGUAAAAUAUUUUUAUUUCUCAAAGAAAAGGUCCUAUUUUGGAAAUCAAACUUACUUCCGAAGUAUGAAUGAUCGGACUUUUUUUUUGAAUUAAUGCUAAUUAAUUAAUUAAUUACGAAAAUAAUGUUGGGUUAAAAGUAUUUAUUGAUAUACUGCUGCGAUUAACCAUGGUCGGGGUAAGUCGCCAAACGCUUGGGCGACUUAUAAGUCGCCAUCCGGUUUGGCGACUAAUAAGUCGCCCAACCGUUUGGUGACUUACCCUUAAAUUAAAACGCCGGGCCAAACUACGCCACAGACAGGUAAACAAAUUAAAACGCAGCGCAACGAGGAUGAGCGAGGACGAGCGAGGAGCGACGAAAACAGGUUCCAAGUCCGGCGAAACUCAGGCGAGGCCUCCCUAUCUUGUCAAUACUACUUCACUUCCAUCUUCUUCAACACUCUAGGUAAACAAAUAUCUCCAAUUUAUCUCAUUUUUCACUUUAGGGUUUAGAAUAUAGAAAAUUGGAUUUUGUAAAUUAGGAAUUCAUUUUUGAAUUGAUUUAUUGUGUAAUGUGAAUAUGUAUGAAGUGUUGAAUGUUGAUGUUGAAUUCAUUGUUAUAUAAUUGUUUUUAAACUUUGUUAUGUAAUGUAGAUUUGGAGGUAUGAAUUGAACUUUGUUAAAUUUUUGAACUUUAUUAAUGCUAAAAAAACUCAAAAAUUAGAAUGUAUUAUUAUUUUUAAAUGUUAUAUUUUUCCAUUUUUAAGUGUAUAUAUAUCAUAUAGGAUUUGCUUAAUAUGUUGUGAUGUCUAUGAAAUGAUUAAUUUGGGUGUAUGAAUUGUGUAUAUUAAUGUGUACUCAUGAAAGUUGGACAUGUAUUGUUAUUAGAAUAUGGAUUUCUCAAACUUUCCAAUCGUGUGUCAUUGGGGAGGGAACAUAUUUGAGGAAGGUGGGCCAAAUACGCAAUGAAGGUGGUAGAAGCAACUUUGUCAUUGUUUCUCAUGGUGCAUGUUUGGUCGAGAUGCUGCAAAAAAUCCAUGCAGCUACAAUGAUUCCUCUGAGCCGUUGUUUGCGAUUGGAAAUGAAAUUUCCCAUGAACGGGGGAAAUUACAUUCUUAUGCCACUUCUUGAUGAGCUAGCUGGAUCAAAUAUGUGGUUGAUAAUUCAGAUGGAGAGUAUGUCCACGCUGGAGAUAUACAUUGAGGAAUCCAUAUCUUACUAUUCUGCUACUCCAUCAACAUCAAAUUUUGUUGUACCUAGGCAUGGUGUCAAUGCAGGGAGCUCCUCAAAUGUUGUUGUACUGGAAAUUGUUAUAGAGGAAGAGGGUAGGUAUGUGCACAAUGGUGCAUCAUUUGUGGAUGGGCAGGGAAGUGAUGAUGAUGCUGACGAUAACAUCAUCGGUGAUGACAUGACAUAAUCUGAUGAAGAUGAUGGUGAUACUGUCACGGCAACUGCCCCGUCUAGCCGAUGUGUGGAUGAGCGGAGCAGGUAUGAAAAGGUUUACACCCGAAGGUGAGUUUGAGGUUGGUCAACAAUUUGACAACAAAGAACAAGUCCUCAAUAUGGUGAGCUUGUAUUCUAUUAAAAGGAACCAAUUUUAUCGGGUGUUGGAGUCCGAUAAACACAAAUGAGUUGCAGAGUGCAAGAGGAAGAAGGAACGUGAUUGCCCCUAGAGAAUACGCGCCACAAAAAACAAAGGCAACCUCGACAGCUUCACAAUUGUGCGUUAUCCUGGACCUCAUUCUCCUAGCUGUGUUGGCAACACGGACAAUACUGAUCACGUGGCGAUGACUUCUGAUUUCAUUCCUAAAGAUGUGAUUGACAUUCUUCGCACUGAUCUUUCCCUUAAAGUGCAUACUAUCAUUGAGCUGUUGAAGGAAAAGUAUGGGUAUACGGUAUCAUACAUGAGAGCAUGGAUGGGCAAACAGAAGGCCAUUGCAGAAAUUUUUUACGAUCGGGAGAAGUCAUAUUCUGAAAUGCCACAUUUCAUGACAGUGCUCCAACAUUCCAAUCCUGGAAGUGUUGUUCACUGGUACCCACCCCCUAUUACUCCAACAGGAUAUAUGCAAUUUCAGAUAGUAUUUUGGGCAUUCAAGCCUUCAAUACAUGGUUUUAAGCAUUGUCGACACGUACUUACUAUUGAUGGCACACACUUGUAUGGGAAGUACAAGGGUACAUUGCUUGUGGCUAUGGGUAGUGAUGCGAACAACCAAAUAUUUCAUGUGGCCUUUGCUGUUAUUGAAUUUGAGAAUGGGGAGAGUUGGCCAUGGUUUAUUGGAUGCAUUAGGGAGUUUGUCACUAAUAGGGAGUUGUGUGUCAUUUCUAAUCGACAUGUAGGUAUAGUCAAGGCUAUGAAUGAGGUGGGCAGUACUUGGGAGGAGCCUUAUGCGCACCAUAGGCAAUGUAUCCGCCAUCUUGCAUCGAAUGUUCACACUCAUUUCAAAGACAUUCACCGAAAAAUCUGUUUGUCUGGACCGCACGGCAACAUCCGAAAAAGAAGUUUGAUGGUGGGUUCAAGAAGAUAGGGGAAAUGCGGGUGGAGGCGCGACAAUUUUUGGGGAACAUUCCCUUGGAAAUGUGGUCAUUACACCACGAUGGCGGAUAUAGAUACGGUACAAUCACUUAUAAUCUGGCUGAGGUUUUCAACAGCAUGAUGAAAAAUGCCAGAUAUUUGCCCAUCACCGCUUUGGUCCAGGUUUCCUUUUUCCGCGUUAAUGCUUAUUUUGUUAAUAAGCGUGCGAGCAGUAAAGCAAGAGUGACUGAAGGCCAUGAGUACUCUCCACACAUAACGAAUUUGAUUGAAAAGAAUAGAGAGAAGGCGAAGCAUCACAGUGUUACUCCAUAUGAUAUAGCCCGAGGGAUAUACCAGGUGGAAACAGGAUGUGGUGGCCGAGCGUUGGGAAAGCGUGGGAGAAAACAAAUUGUCCAUCUGCGGCGGCGUACUUGCACCUGUAAAAAGAUGAAAAUGUAUAAGAUUCCAUGCUCUCAUGUAUUAGCCGUGUGCAGACAACGUAGUUUGCCUUCUCAUCCAUUUGUGUAUCCAUUUUUCUCAUCUGAACAAUACGCCGUCACAUAUCAAAGAGUCUUUAAACCCAUUCCUGACCGUGAUUAUUGGCCGACUUACUAUGGACCUGAAAUUGUGCAUGAUCCAUCCAUAGUUCGGGCUAAGGGAAGACCUAAGUCCACACGUUUUAAGAAUGAGAUGGAUGAAGGUCCCCGAGGAACGGUUAGAUGUGGAAUAUGUAAACAAACCGGCCAUAAUAGGGCCACAUGUGCAAAGAGAUCAUGAAGAGAUGGAGGGAGGUCCACUGGGUAAAGUCCAAAUUAUAAUAUUCCACAUUUGAUAGUAACGGUGCAUGAAAAAAAAUAAUUAGUAAAAUGUUAAUUAAAAUAAAAUAAAAUAAUACAGAAUUAAAAAUUAACUAAUAUCCUUUUAUUUUUUGUAGGCAUGGAGGUGUCAGCGGAUCCUAGGCCAAGUGAUCGUUCUGUCCUGGCGUAGGCGUAGGCAACAACAACAACAUUUUCAUGACCAAGAUGAUCAAGAAGACCAUGAGAACUUGUAGUUUGUCUUUUGUAUUGGAGUUUUUCUUGUACACUAGAUGUUGUAGGAAGAAUUGAAUUUAUUUUACGUAUUUCCACCUGUAAACUCUUUUAUGAUGUGUUGAUGUGUUCGAUUAUGAAUAGGAAAAAUUGAAAAUAAUAAUCCCAAUUAUUGCCAGCCCGCUAAAAA